CCCAGCCUGCAGCCAUGCCCAGCUGGAAGAUCCCCUGGUUACUGGGAAGAGAAGCAGAAGUGUCCGAGGUGGUUGCUGAGCAGUGCCCCGGGGUUGGCCUCAUCCUGCUCAGGAAGUCACCCAGGGGGGGCAGAAGCAGCACCCAGAGCUUGGCUCCUUCAGCCCCGACCCAGCCGGCUCUAGGGGCAGCCGGAAACCCCAGAAACAGCUGGAAACCCCAGGAACAGCUGGAAACAAACCCCAGGAACAGCUGGAAACACCAGGAACAGCUGGAAACAAACCCCAGGAACAGCUGGAAAAUACCUGCAGGCUCUGAGGUCUCCUGGAGGGGAACAGGGGGUGCUGGGGAGAGCUGAGCACCUGCAGAGCCUCUGGCACCCAGGAGUUGGCAGCAGGGAGAGGAAGGAGCCGUGGGGCAAGGAAAUUUUGGGUGUGAGCUGGCAGGGUGCUCACCAUGAGGGUGGCCGUUCUCCUGCUCCUGGGGGUGGUGGAGGCAAGAGGUCCCUGUUUCUUCAAUCGCACCCAGGAGCACUGUGUGUGCUACAACCUGUCCCAGAAAAGCAUCGGGAGCCUCAUCCAGUGCCUCGCAGCCUCAGUUGUGGAGUUUUGGGGGGGAGAGCUGGAGAGAUACACAGCCCAGCCCAUCACUGACCUGGAGGAUGCUCCCGGCGUGCUGGGCUCCCUUAUCAUCAAGAAAAUCGUUUUUGGUGAUCUCCUGGUUCCUGAGGUGCUCCUCGCCCAAGUCCUGAGGUUCUUCUCCUACACCCACGUGGAGGAGUUGGUGUUUAAGAGCUGUGUUUUCCAGGGCAGAGGCAACUGGGCUGGCAUGGCUGGCCAGGGCUUGCCCAUCUUGUCCCUUCAGUUCCACAAUGUGACAUCUGCCCCUCUGCUGGGGCGGGAGGAGGAAUUUUCCAGCCUGGGGACCUGGCUGGAGACCCUGCAGGAGCUGGCUGUCACCGAGUCCCAUGUCACCAGCCUGCCCUGUGGCAUUGGAAGGCUGUUCAAAGCCCUGCACUCCCUGGAUUUGGCAGGGAACAGCCUCGGGGAUGAGAGUUUGCUGCCCACCUUCUGCCAGGGGGCUUUUCCCCAGCUCCAGGUGCUGAGCCUGCAGCACAACGAGCUCACAUCCUACCCUGGUGUCUGCCAAAGCCUGAAGCUGCUCCCGGAGCUCCAGCACCUGGAUCUCAGUCAGAACAAACUCCUGGCAGACCCAUCCUCCUCCUCCUCCUCCUGCCAGUGGCCAGAGACCCUCCGAAUUUUCAACUUGUCAGCCGUGGGUUUGGAUGAAGUCCUCAGACCUCUGCCUCCCCACCUGGAGGUGUUGGACCUGAGCCGUAACCACCUCCGGGCUGUGGACAUCUCCCUCAGCUUCCUGAGGAAGCUCUUCCUGAGCCAAAACCUGCUGGAAGCUGCUCCCUCCCUCGGGAAUUGCCCCAGGUUGGACACCCUGCACCUGGAGAACAACUCCAUUGCGGAGCUGCCCUGGGAGGAGGUGAAGCUCCUGGGGGUCCUGCAGGAGGUGGCUCUGGAUGGGAAUCCCUAUUCCUGCUCCUGCUCCGGGGCUGGGGGGCUCCAGGCACUGGCAGCCACGGGGCACCUUGGCCAGGGCUGGCCCCAGGACUACAGGUGCCACUUGCCCCCUGGCUACCAGGGCUGGCAGGUGAAGGAUGUGCCAGUCUCAGGGCUGCAGUGUCACAGCGUGGCUGUCAUUGUCCCCAUCACUGUUGUCCUCAUCCUGCUCGGCCUGGCCGGGGCUCUCUGCUUGCUCAGAUCCAGACUUGGAUUUCUCCAGCCCUGCUGCAGGGUGUGAAAGGGGAGGUGGGGACUGUCCCCCCCCCGGGAUGCAGGGCCAGGAGCUCCGUGGGAAGGACCUUCAGGUGAUGGUGAGGGCUCCAUCCGUGUGUCCCCUGGAGAGCAGGAUUGUCCCCAGCAGCAUUCCAGGCAUUGGGAUGGCCCAGGACAGAGGUGGAGUCCCCAUCCCUGGAGGCAUUUAAAAGGCAUUUGGAGCUGGGCCUUAAGGACAGGGUUUAGGAGCUGACUGUGGUGUUGGUCACAGGUUGGGCUGGAUCAGCUUGGAGUUCUCUUCCAACCCAAAUAUUCUGUGAUCCCAGGGUGGCUGUGCCUUUGCCCAGCCAAGUUUUGGGGCAGAAAGCCCAUUGCCAUGCUCUGACUUGGGGAGGGCUCCUCUGACCCCCCCUGCACCCACUGACCUGCCCAAGAGGAGUCCAAUUCCAGGAGAUCUGGAGGUGCUCAGAUGCUCUGGUUCCACCACCCCCAAAAGUCUCACCCAAACCUUGUAGCCCUGUGUCCCCUGUCCCUGCUGCUCGGUGAUUUAACACUGGAUAGAAACCUCAAGGGACAGGGAAAUGAACAAAUUAAACACCACCACUAAUGAGCAGGAGGCAGCAACCAAGACCUGAGCUCUUGAGGCACUGGGGGAUGAGCCCCUCGAGUGUGGCUUUGAAGAGGUUCAGCCAGAAACUUUAUAACUGGUAAGAAGAAAAUGGGUUUAUUCUGCCUUCUGGUUAAUUCAGGAAAUGCCUCCAGGGAAAGAGAAAAGGGAUCUGGGGAAGCUGAGGGAGAUGGGGGGACACAGAACUUACCAUGGAGCUCUGAUGGGGAGGGUCAGA